AUGAAGAGACAAGAAGAUGGAGAAAAGAACGAGCAACGCCAUGAUAAUUUGGCACACUACCUUCCAAAUUCAACCAUGCCAUGGUGGAAGACUCGCCAUUUUUUGGUUUUGAAUUGGCUGAUUCUGAUUGUCUCCCUCACAUCUACAAAUACCGGCUACGAUGGUUCACUGCUUAACGCUUUCCAAUCUAUGCCCGAUUGGAUGUCUGCCAUGGGCCAUCCUGAAGGUGCUGUUCUUGGUGCCAUUGCAAAUGGUGUGGUUUUCGGUGUUCUUCUUUCCACCCUGGUUGCAAGUACAAUCUCAGACCGUUUAGGUAGAAGACAUGCUAUUACAAUUGGUGAUGUGAUUAUGAUUAUUGGGACUAUUAUUCAGUCUUGUGCUGGUACAUGGUUACAUGUUAACGGAAAUGAUAAACAAGAGACAAGUAGACGCACAUAUGCCAUGUUUUUGGUUGCAAGAAUCAUUCUUGGCUUUGGUAAUGGUGUAGCCACAAUUGCAUCACCACCAUUGAUCUCUGAGCUUUCAUACCCGACUCAUAGACAGGCUGUUACUGCAUUCUUUAACUCCAAUUGGUACUUAGGUGCUAUUAUCUCAUCAUGGGUCUCAUUUGGUACAAGAAAUGUUGGCAGAAACUGGUCUUGGAGAAUUCCAUCAAUAAUUCAAGGUUUCUUCCCUUUAGCACAAAUUUGCCUGAUUUAUUUUGUUCCUGAGUCCCCACGUUUCCUCAUAUCUAAGGGCAGAAACUCUGAGGCUAGGGAAAUAUUGCUUAAAUACCAUGGUGGUGGUAAUGAAGAAGAAUGCGGUGCCCUUGUUGAUUUUGAAAUGUCUGAGAUUGAGCUUGCUAUUGAGCAAGAAAAGUAUGCAAACCAUUUCUCCUACUUGUCCUUCUUCAAGACUCCAGGUAAUAGAAAGAGACUCUUUAUUCUCUGUUUCUUGGGUGUGAUUAUGCAGCUCUCUGGUAAUGGUUUGGUCUCUUACUACUUGUCUAUUGUCCUUAACUCUAUCGGCAUCACUUCCACUUCUCAACAACUGAUCUUCAAUGGUGGACUUAUGAUCUAUAACUAUGGUAUCAGUAUCAUUAUUAAUUUGUUUGCACACAACCACACUAGAAGAAGAACUGUCUUCAUCACCUCUGUCGCAUCCAUGCUUCUCACUUAUGUCAUCUGGACUAUUCUGUCUGCCAUCAACCAACAAAGAAACUUUGAAGACAGUUCCCUCGGAAAAGGUGUCAUGGCAAUGAUCUUCUUGUAUUAUCUGGCCUAUAACUUGGGUCUGAACGGCUUACCAUACCUUUACUUGACUGAAAUUCUACCUUUCACGAUCAGAACUAAGGGUAUAAAUUUGUGUGUCUUGGUUCAACAAAUCAUCCAGAUUUACAAUGGUUUCGUCAAUCCAAUAGCUAUGGAUGCUAUUGAAUGGAGAUACUACAUUGUGUAUUGCUGUAUAUUGGCUGUUGAGCUUGUUGUCGUUUACUUGACUUGGGUUGAAACAUCUGGCCGUACUUUGGAGGAAGUUGUCGAGGUCUUUGGUGAGUCCAUUACUGACCACGAUAUCGAACAUUUGAAGAAAAACAAAGCAAUGGCCGAACACCGUGAAAAUGUAUCAAGCGACGGUGACAACGUUGAUAAAACAAGUAGCACUGAAAAUGAAAACAACUUGCUCGCUUAG